CUGCUCCUAGAACUAGUACUAGUAGUAGUGCUAAGUGCUUUUUAAAACUUAAAAAUGCGCACACCUCACUCACUCUUUGUUACAUUUUUUUUUUUUAGAUCCUAAUAAAUAAACCCUUCCUUUUCCUUUUCUCUCUUAUGCUAUUGCUAUGUAAAAUGUAAGGCUCCUCAAUUCCCUGCAACUGCAACCCUCUCUCUCUCUAGCAAUCUUUUUCGUUUUCAGGAAUUAAUGGGGAAGAAAAUCAAGAAGAAGAGCCGAACUCCUGUAAAGGAGAAACGGGUUGCAACCCGUUCGACGAAAACAGUUACCCAAGAUUCUGACCCAAGUGCUAAGACUGUUGAUGAAGGAAUUUUAGUAGUGAAAGAGAGAAAACCAUGUGUCCAUCUUGACAAGAGUGUUGAUUUGAUUAAAUUGUCAGCUAAAAUGGGGUCUUCAGAACCUAUUAUGUGCGAAGAUUGUAGGGUUGAUGGGAAGGUGACUAAGGGAAAAGGUAAACAUGGGAAGAAGAAAGGUUGGGCUGCAGUUGAUUCAAAAUCCGACUCCAGAGCCAUGUGGGUUUGUUUGGAAUGUGGGCAUUAUGCAUGUGGAGGGGUUGGACUCCCAACAGGCCAUCAAAGCCACACGGUUCGGCAUGUUAGGCAGACUCGUCAUCCUUUGGUAAUGCAUUUUGAGAAACCACAACUCUGUUGGUGCUUCCCUUGCAAUGCUCUCAUUCCAGUGGACAAGAUGGAAGAGAAUGAUGAACAUAAAGAUGUCCUGUCAAAUGUUUUGAAGUUGAUAAAGGGGCGAUCCUCAGAAGGGUCCUCGGCAGAUGUUGAGGAUGUUUGGUUUGGGGGUGGCAGUGUUACAAGUGAAAUUAAAUCAGGAAGCAGCAUAUUAAGUGAUUUGGACGGAGGUGGUGGUUAUGUAGUUAGAGGAUUGGUUAAUCUUGGGAAUACUUGCUUCUUCAAUUCAAUAAUGCAAAAUCUUCUAGCUAUGUGUAGAUUGAGGGACUAUUUUUUCAACUUGGAUACCUCUAUUGGACCUCUUACUGUUGCUUUAAAGAAGCUUUUUAUUGAAUCCAAACCGGAGGGAGGACUAAAAAAUGUGAUGAAUCCAAGAUCAUUUUUUGGAUGCAUCUGUUCCAAGGCUCCCCAAUUUAGGGGGUAUCAGCAGCAUGACAGUCAUGAAUUUCUCCGUUGCUUACUUGAUGGUUUGUCUGCUGAGGAGUUGGGUGAAAGAAAACAGAGUAAUUCUUCAGAGGGAGAUGAAAUUUCAUCAAAUCCAGGUACUUUUGUGGAUGCUGUAUUUGGGGGCCAAAUAUCUAGUACUGUUUGUUGUGUUGAAUGUGGGCAUUCUUCAACAGUGUAUGAGCCUUUUUUAGAUCUCUCCCUUCCAGUUCCAACCAAAAAACCUCUAUCCAAAAAGUCCCAACCAGUCUCUAGAGCAAAGAAAACCAAGCUGCCACCCAAGAAAGGUGGAAGGAUUCGGCCAAAAGUUAUUAAAGCUGCAACUUUGUUGCCACCUCAAAGUGUUUCAACCCCAUCAGCCAGCAAUGAUAUGUCCUGUCAAGCACAGUCCAUUGAGCCUGUUGAAGAAAAGAUGAUGGCUUCUUCAUGCGAUUCUAGACCAUCAGAUUCCAGUAACCUGAUUGUUAUGGCUGGUGAAGUGGGUUCAGCUUCACAGAACAAGUUAGCUGGUCAAACAUCUGAAAAUGAGCAAGUCUUUGAGAAUGCUGUAGGGCAAACAUCAGCUGAGUUGGAAGAUUUUACAUGGAUGGAUUUCCUUGAACCAGGAACUGUAUCGGAUGAACAUGAUUUGACAUCACAAAAUGUUGAUAUUUCAGUAAUUAAAGAUGCAGAAAACAAGGAUGUAUAUUUGAAUGACAUACCAUUACAGGGUAGCUCUGAAUCUAGCAGUCAGACUUGUUCACUUGAUACUACGCCAAAUUCAAAACCAGAUUCUUCAGCAAAUUAUUGCGACAAGGAGCUCCCCUUACAGGUUCAAGGUAAUGAAGUUCUAUUGCUUCCAUAUAAAGAAGAAACUUCCACUACUGGGGAGAUUAUGAAAGGAGGAGCUGAGGCCUCCUCAUCAAUCGUGGGCUGUGGACAAGAGGAAUUGGACUUUGAUGGCUUUGGUGAUAUGUUCAAUGAGCCUGAGGUUGCUGUGGGGCCCAUCAUAGGCCCCACUUUAGGUAAUGGGGUAGCAGAAACUGGUUUUGUGGCAGGAAACAGCAGUGAGUCAGAUCCAGAUGAAGUUGAUAAUUCGGAUUCUCCGGUAACCAUAGAGAGUUGUUUGGCUCAUUUCAUAAAACCAGAGCUUCUUUCUGAUGAAAAUGCUUGGCAUUGUGAGAAUUGUACAAGAAUGCUGCUACACCAGAGGUUGAAAGCAAAGGUACAGGAAAAAACCAAGUCAACAAUUUUGAUGAAUGAAAAUGAGACUGGAAGCCACAAGGAGCAACUGCAUUUAGAUAAGGACUUAUCCUGUCCUGCUGAAGUUGAAAACCCAAAUAAUGGAGCUAUCAAAUGUGAUGCUUCUCUUAACAGUAGUGGUGAAAGCAUUGUUUCAUAUAAAGAAAAAAUGGAUUGCUUGAUAACUGAAAAUGGUCAAACAGGUGAGCUGAAUCCAGCUGUUUCUCAGUUGGAAGAUGGAACAGGUGAGAAAAAAGAUGCACUUCCAGAGCAAUCACGCUCUCCAGGUUGCUAUAAAACUUGCAGUCAAGAAAAUUUCUUUGGUCAAGUCACUGGUUCCUGUAGUACAGAAUGCACCACCGGUAAAGUCCAGCAAAAUGAAUCCCAGUUGUUGGCUGGGAACUGUGAAUCAGAAGGAAGUGAGGAUGAGGAGACAGAUUCCAAGAGUGUGAAGGUGAAGAGAGAUGCAACCAAAAGGGUCCUUAUUUACAAGGCCCCGCCGAUUCUCACCAUUCAUCUUAAAAGGUUUAGCCAAGAUGCUCGUGGUCGAUUAAGUAAAUUGAAUGGCCAUGUCAGUUUCAGAGAAACAAUUGAUCUUGGACCAUAUAUUGAUCCCAGGUCCAUAGAAGAAGAGAAGUAUCAUUACCGCCUGCUUGGGAUAGUGGAGCAUUUGGGUACCAUGAGAGGGGGACACUAUGUUUCAUAUGUGAGAGCAAGUGAGAAGAGCAGAGGAAAGACUGAGAAAGAAAAUAGCGGUUCUAUAUGGUAUCAUGCUAGUGAUGCGUAUGUGCGUGAGGCUUCACUGGAUGAAGUUCUUCGUUGUGAGGCCUACAUCUUAUUCUAUGAAAAGAUUUGAGAUAGAUCUAUUUCCAUACGUAUUAAGUUUUCUCAGAUACAAUUUGGGGGUUUGGCUUCAGCACCCCCACCCCCAAUUGAAGAGAGGAAGUGAGAGAGUUCAGGUGAGUGUACAACAUCAAAUUACCCUUUAUAUCUUGAUGAUACCCAUUUUUUUGA